AUGUCGUCUUCGACUGCUACGAGCUCCAGUGAUGAGAACAUUGAUCAAGAGCACGUUAAGUACUCAUCCACCAUGCACAAGGCUAUCGCUGUUAUCAAUGGGGGAGCUCUCGGUUUGCUCCAAGUAGUCACAAACCAAUCUUCAGCUGAAACCAAAGCACUAGCCGGUCGUGGUUUCUUGAUGUUGAUUGUGAUCUACGUUAUCCUUGGAGUGUGGGAAGUCACGCUCCGAAAUGAACGUCAUAUCCGCAAUUUCAUUGGACACAUCAGUCAUCUCUUUGGAGCUCUCGCAGCUAUCGUGCUCAUCUCCCUUAUAUUCCCUAUCUUUGCUCUCAUCGUUUUCCUCCUUUCGCUUGGUUGGUUCUUAUUUAUCAUGUACCGCUCUUUCACCGAGCUCAGAGUCCCGGACGAGAACGAGUUUAAAGCACCAGGCCAACUCGCUACCUAG